AAUCUGAGCGCUCCGAUUUCCGGGCCAAUUCCCGGCCUACCUGAGCCCGGAUGACUCCUGUGACCACUGGGAGGGAAACAGGCCAGGUGAUGCCACCUACCCAAGAUGCGCUGCUUGGCCACACCGACGCUGCUGCGGGCCCUGGCGCAGGUCCAGGCCUCGCGCACAGGAUGUUUUAGUGGCCGGAGCCUCCACAGCAGCUCAGUGUCGGCCACCUACAAGUAUGUGAACAUGCAGGACCCUCAGAUGGACAUGAGGUCGGUGACGGACCGUGCAGCCCAGACCCUGCUGUGGACAGAGCUGGUUCGAGGCUUGGGCAUGACCUUCAGCUACCUGUUCCGGGAGCCAGCCACCAUUAACUAUCCCUUUGAGAAGGGGCCACUCAGCCCACGUUUCCGAGGUGAGCACGCCCUACGCCGGUACCCGUCCGGGGAGGAGCGCUGCAUCGCCUGCAAGCUCUGUGAGGCCAUCUGCCCCGCCCAGGCCAUCACCAUCGAGGCCGAGCCGAGGGCGGACGGCAGCCGGCGCACCACACGCUAUGAUAUCGACAUGACCAAGUGCAUCUACUGCGGCUUCUGUCAGGAGGCCUGCCCGGUGGACGCCAUUGUGGAGGGCCCCAACUUCGAGUUCUCCACGGAGACGCACGAGGAGCUGCUGUACAACAAGGAGAAGCUGCUCAACAAUGGGGACAAGUGGGAGGCCGAGAUUGCCGCCAACAUCCAGGCCGACUACCUGUACCGAUGACCGCCCCGCCCUGCCGCCCAAUAAACGCGCACUGACCACACUG